AAGCCGCUCAACGAUCCACAGUCCAAAGUCGCUUGCAGCUAAAGACAUCCCAGUGCACAGAGUUUAACCACCCCAGAAACAGAAAAUAUGUUCAAAUUCGUGUUGAUCGCCAGCCUGCUGGUCGCCGUUGCCUUGGCAGCUCCUGCCCGCGAGGAAACCGAGGCCGAAAGGGUAGAGAGGGAGGAAUAUGAAAAGUAUCAGAACGAAAAUGCCCAAUACGCGUUCGAUUCCAAAGUGGACGAUAAAAUCAACGAUGGACAAAUUUCCCGGACUGAGGAGCGCGAAGGAGGCACUGUCCGUGGUUCCUACAGCUACUUCGAUGGGUUUGUUCAACGCCAUGUCGAGUACAUCGCCGAUAAGGAUGGCUACAGGGUGCUUAAGGACGAGAUGAAGGAUGUUGGCGAUGGCCCACAGUUCAAUCCCGAAGGCCAAGCUGACGUACAGGGUUCUCUGAUCGGCAAGUACUCCAUUAAGUUGGACAAGACCGACGACGAGAAGCACUACAAGGACAUCCAUGCUUAAGCGAAAAAAUAAUUGGAGAUUUCUAACAUUUAGAAAUGGACUGAAUACAUCCUAGAGCCUUAAAGUAGAGUAAACACCAUCAGAACACAAAUUGUAUUUUUCCUCCGAAAUAAAAUAUUGAAAAAAAUUUAAAAAA